CUCCUAUUUUAGAUCUACAAGAUAAGCAAAAGCAAAAAUAUUUCAAAAUUCUUUUACCAAUAAAUAAGUAAAUAAAUAAAAAUGGCUGACUACGAUCGGGCAAAAGAGCUCAAGGCCUUUGAUGAUACAAAGGCUGGUGUAAAAGGACUAGUCGAUGCUGGGAUAGUUCAUAUCCCCGAGAUCUUUGUCACACCGACCAUAACAGAAAAUGAAUUCAGUGCUCAGAAUCUUGAAUGUUCAGACAUAAUUAAUGUUCAAAUUCCAGUUAUAGAUCUCGAGGGCAUAAAUGAAGAUGAUUUUCGACAUAGGAAGAUUGUUGAAGAGGUUGGUGAGGCAUGUGAGACAUGGGGAUUUUUUCAAGUUGUGAAUCAUGGUGUGCCUCAACAUGUUAUGGAUGAGAUGAUUAGUGGAAUUAAAAGUUUUCAUGAGCAACCGAAUGAUAUAAAGAUGAGGUUUUAUUCAAUGGAACCUAUGAAGAAGGUGAUGUUUAAUAGUAAUUUUGACCUUUAUCAAUCUAAGUCUGCAAAUUGGAGGGAUACUUUAGCUUGUCUCAUGGCUCCUAAUCCUCCUACUAAUGAUGAAUUACCAGAAGCAUGCAGGGAGGAAUUACUUCAAUAUUCUGAGCACGUCAGGAAGUUGGGUCAUAUAAUAUUUGAGUUACUAGCAGAAGCACUUGGACUAAAACCCAAUCACUUGUUGGACAUGGAGUGUGCAAGAGGCCAUUUCAUAAUUAGUCAUUACUAUCCACCUUGUCCUGAGCCCAAUAAGACACUUGGAAUCACCAAGCAUACUGAUCCAGAUUUCUUCACAAUUCUUCUACAAGAUCAAAUUGGCGGCCUUCAAAUUUAUCACAAAAAGCAGUGGAUUGAUAUUCAUCCUGUGACUGGAGCCCUAGUUAUCAAUCUUGGUGACCUUUUACAGCAUGGCUACAGAUCUACACUGGCAAAUGGCCAGUGGAAGAAAUAGAGGCAGAGGAAGAUACUCCUCUGGGAGAAGAUUCGCCCCCUCUUCAUCACAGCCUCAGGCAUCAUCAUAUGCUUCAUCAUUUAAUGCCCCAGUGAUAAAAAGGGAAAAUAUGAGCUUGAUAAACUCUAAGAUUCUGUAGAUAGGCGAAUCUUCAUCUUCACAAUCGAUCCAUCUAGAAGAUAUUCCGGAGGAUCAUUCAUUAUAUAGACAAUUGCAAUCAUAUCUAACUGCAAAGCAAGCAGAUAUGUUUGCUAAUAUUGCAAAGGAAAACGCUGAUAACAAACCUUAUGAACAAAUUGACAAUAAAGAGCUGAUAAUUCUCAUUAAAAAUUCUGAAAUUCAAAAACAAAAUGAACCGUGGAAGAUACUCCACAAAUAUUUGAUUUCUAACCUUUAUUUUGCAGGAGAGUCAUAUAAGACUCGAACAUAUUAUGAAACAAUCCUAUUGUCCACUGGAAGUGCAGAUACUGAACACUUUCAAGCCUACGAUGGAGAGCCAGAUGUCCAUGGGUUCUCAAAAAUCUUGAUAAAAAAGAUUAUUGCACUUGGAGACUGGGGUAUGACCUCAAUGGCAGAAAGACAGAUGUUGCUAAAGGGUUCCAAGAUUAACUUUACAUACUAGGACUAUAUUCAGGCCUUCACCAAGACAUUAUAUUACAAUAAUAAUAAACAUAAACACACAUGGUUUUCGACGAACCAAUUCCUAAUUGGUGGUCGUAUCAUGACCCAACUAUUCAGAUAUUACCAGAUCUUUUUGUGAAAUUAUACAAAAGAUGGACAAAAGUAUCUCCAUUCUUAACUGAGUUAUAUCACUCGGACCACGUCUGCAAUUUGGACAAAAUAAACCAGAUGUACUUUUUUAUAAGGGGUAGAAAAAAAGUUUUCAUUUUCUUUCUUUCCUUUUCUCUCUCUAUGCCAAUUUGCUCUCUCCCCUGUCCUCUUUCUUCUGUAAAAUAUUUUAUAUCUCCAUUCUUAACUGAGUUAUAUCACUCGAGCCAUGUCUGCAAUUUGGACAAGAUAGACGAAAUGUACUAUUUUAUAGAAUUCUUAAUUUCGUGGAUUCACAAAUGAAAUAUUGGACUAGGAUUUACAAAAGAACAGAUCCCUUGCUUAUACAGAGUAUUCUAUAAAAAAGUGCAUUUGAUCUAUUUUAUCCAAUAAAAAAGUGCAUUUGGUCUAUUUUACCCAAAUUGCAGACAUGGUCCGAGUGAUAUAACUCAGUUAAGAAUGGUGAUAACAGCUAAAGGAUCGUGCAGGCGGGCGAUAAUCCGCACGGCCUACCAAACCUAUUGACUAAUAUCGGAAAGCCUAGUCAGAAAACUAACCGAGGCACCAACCGAAAUAUAAAAGAAUUUCAAAUAGUUUAUUGACUGUAUGGAGGAAUAAAAUCUUUUUACCCGAACAAAGGGCCUGACAGAAUGUUAAUACGUACUUAUGAUGAGCCCAUGUGUCUAGCGGUUCUAACCGUAAAAAGAGAUGCCCUUUUUCUUCAUCUUUUCGGGCUUAAAAGUCAUGGCUUGCUUAAUGUAGUCACUAAGACAAAGCUACCAUAAGCAGUACUAAUUUUGACUGUACCAGCCAUUUUGGAACCAAGUCAAGAAACUAUAGAAAAAUUCCUUCAUAUUUGAUAGAGUCUGGAUCUUUCGUAGUUACUAUGUAAAAUAAGUUAGAUCUCUAGCAUAGAUAUGAGAAGUUUUUAGCCGGACAUAAUCACGACUGGAGAAGGGAAGAAAUUAUUAAAGAACAUCAAAAUAGAAGAGAAUUAAAUACCUUAUAAUAGCAACUAUCAGCCUUCUUUUAUUCAAUCCUUGAAGUAUUUUACAGAAGAAAGAAGAGAGAGGGGCGAGCAAACUGGCGUAAAGAGAAAAGGAAAGAGAAAAUGAAAACUUUUUUUUCUACCUUUUCCCUCAUACUUGAAGGUCCUAUAUAUAGAACAAAAGGAAUCUAUGCAUAGUACUUAUGGGUUCCAUAUCCAGGUCCCUAUGCACAGUAGAUUUACUGUGUAAAUAGUAAAAAAGGGUUCCACAUCCGGGUCCCACACAUCAUGUCACCUAUCUAGACAUCCUUUCCCUUUUUCAAUUUUCGAAGAAAUUCCUCUAUUUUUGCAGUGGAUUCCUCGUUCAGACUAUCUACUGAAUCGAUUGGCUGAGAAUCUUGAACAUCUUCUGCAAUAUCAUCGCUAGUGAUGCUCUUUAUUGAAGUAUCGGAAUGUUGUUCGACAGUUUUUAUCAAUUAUUUUCGAAAUUCUUCCAAAUACUGCUCUAUCAUUUUUAUUUUAUAUCCAUCAUAAACAGAAAUUCUUCUGGAGAUAUAUUUCAAUGAUUUGUCCUCAACAAUAUUUCUCUGAGGAGCAUAUGCAUAUUCCUGAAUUUUAUUAUCAAUAUUAUCCAGGAGUUCUUGCCCAUUCAGUUUUUUAGUUCUUGGGUCCUUGCGCAUUAGCUUGUCCCAAAAAUAAUUAUAGAAUACUCUGUAUAAGUAAGGGAUCUGUUCCUUUGUAAAUCCCAAUUCAAUAUUCCAUUUGUGAAUCCAUGGAAUUGAGCAUUCUAUAAAAAAAAGUACAUUUGAUCUAUUUUGUUCAAAUUGCAGACAUAGUCUGAGUGAUAUAACUCAGUUAAGAAUGGAGAUACUUUUGUCCAUCUUUUGUAUAAUUUCACAAAAAGAUCUGGUAAUAUAUGAAUAGUUGUGCCAUGAUACGACCACCAAUUAAUAAACCAAUUAGGAAUUAGUUCAUCGAAAAUCUUCGCACAUAUUUUAAUAAGUCAUGUGUGUUUAUGUUUAUUAUUAUUGUAAUAUAAUGUCUUGGUGAAGGCCUGGAUAUAGUCCCAGUAUGUAAAGUUAAUCUUGGAACCCUUUAGCAACAUCUGCCUUUCUACCAUUGAGGUCGUACCCCAGUCUCCAAGAGCAAUAAUUUUUUUGUCACGAUUUUUAAGAAUCCAUGGACAUCUGGCUCUCCAUCGUAUGCUUGAAAAUGUUCAGUAUCUGCACUUCGAGUAGACAAUAGGAUUGCUUCAUAAUAUGUUUGAGUCUUAUAUGACUCUCUUGCAAAAUAAAGGUCAAAAAUCAAAUAUUUGUGAAGUAUCUUCUACGAUUCAUUUUGUUUCUGAAUUUUAGAAUUUUCAACGAGAAUUAUCAACUCUCUAUUGUCAAAUUGUUCAUAAGGUUUGCUAUCAAUAUUUUCCUUUUCAAUAUCAGCAAACGUAUUUGCUUGCUUUGCAAUUAGAUAUGACUGCAAUUGUCUAUAUAAUGGAUGAUCCUCCGAAAUAUCUUCUAGAUGGAUUGAUUGUGAAGAUGAAGAUUCGUCUAUCCGUGGAAUCUUAGAGUUUAUCAAGUUCAUAUUUCUCCUUCGUAUCACUCGGGCGUUAAAUGAUGAAGCAUAUGAUGAUGCCUGAGGCUGUGAUGAAGAGGGGGCGGAUCUUUCCCCAGAGGAGUAUCUUCCUCUGCCUCUAUUUCUUCCUCUGGCCAUUUGCCAGGGCGGAUCUGUAGCCAUGCUGCAUAUAAGAGAUUAGUUAGACCAGUCAUACCAAUCAAUUUCGUCUCUAAUUUCUUCAUAAUUGAAGACUGCAAAUUCAUCUUCAAUAACUGCAUGGAUGAUUUUCUUAAUUAUAAGAAUAUUCAUAUCUAUGUUUAAAGAAAGGACCUUUAUAAUAGUGAUUAUCAUUUUUUUCAGAGAGGAAAUGAGUGUAAAAAUUCAUUUUUCACUUAAGUAUUCUCUGGAUAAAAAAUCAGGCAGGGAAUUAUCAAUUCCUUUUUUAUAUUGAAUCUCAAAAUUAAAAGGGACCAAUUGAGCCUGCCACCUUGCAAAUAUUAAUUUUGAAGCAUCAUGUUUAAAAUAUUUGUCAAACAUAUACUUCACUGAUUGAGCAUCUGUUUCAAUCAAAAAAUUUUGAUUAUAUAAAUCAUCCUGAAAUUUAAGAACACAUUUAACAAUGGUUAACAUUUCAUGUGCAACUGUUGCAUAUUUUUUUGACUAUCAGUUCAUUUUCCAGAAUGAAAUCGUAUCAAACGUUCAGUAUUAUUAUGGGGAUUAACUUGUUUAAGUAUUCCACCAUAACCACUAUUAGAGGCAUCAGUUUCGAUAAUUUUUAGCAAAGUAAAAUUAGUUUAAGUUAAGCAUGACAAAGAUUUAACACGCUGCUUAAUGCGUUUAACAAAGUUUGUAUGACUAUCAGUCCAGAGACUUUGAAAGCCCUUUUUUAGCCUGUCAUAUAAGAGGGCUAGAUCUCUUGACAAAUUCUCAUAAAAUGGGGAUAUAUAAUUCAAACUUCCUAAGAAUCAUUGCAAUUGAGUUUUAUCAGUGAUAACAUCAAAAAAUUUAUCAGCAAAAUCAAUAGAACGUUGAAUAGGGACUAUCUUUCCUUAAAAAAUAUUAUGACCUAAAAAUUGAAUAUUUGUCUGAAAUAAACUCAUUUUUGGUUUAAAUAUCACCAAAUCAUUUUGUAUCACAAUCUUUUUAAAUACAUCAAGAUGUUUAAAAUGCAAUUCUAGUGUUUUAGAAAACACAAGAAUAUCAUCAAUAUAAGCAAUAAUAAAAUUCAUAUAUGAAUUAAAAAUGUCAUUCAUUAUCUUUUGAAAUUCAGAAGGAGCAUUUUUCAAUUCAAAAGGCAUUACAUUCCAUUCAAAUUGUCUGAAUGGGACAUUGAAAGCAGUUCUAUAAGUGUGCUCUCUAAAUAUCUGAAUUUGCAAAUAACCAGAUUUUAAAUCAAAUUUGAAAAAUAUAUUGGCAUCAUAUAAUAUGGAUAAUAAAUCUUUUUUAUUUGAAAUAAGGUAUCUAAUCCACUUUAAACAUUUAUUAAGAGUCUUAUAAUGUAUUACUAAGCUCGGUAUACCACGUUCUUUUUCAGUAACAUUGUUCACAUAAAAUGCAAUGCAAGGCUAUGGUGAUUUAGAAUGUUUUAUCAAACCCUUUUGUACGAGAUUAUCAAUCUCUUUUUUGCAGAAUUCUACUAACUCUGCAUUCAUU